GUUCACUUGAAAAAAGAGGUUCUCUUGUUGAUUAUUUCUAAAUUUUAGAGUUUUUACCUGCUUCUUAAAAUGUCUCUUCGUAUAUUUUUUCGACAAUUCUCUACUAAAAUCAUCUCCUAAAAUCAUCUCCUAAUAGUAAUUUUAUUAGAUAGAAAAUGGGAUUUUCUCCUUCACUCGGCCGUUGUAAUUUACUUGACCCUUAAAAACUAAUUAGCGAAAUUAAGGAAAAACGGAUCUCACUUAAUCGGAAUAAUUAAGUAAAGGUUUUUAGAAGAACAUGUAUAGAUAGAUGUGACGAAGUUACCGGCCUAUUCAACUUUGAAGGUAAAUCAAAAGAGGAUCUAUCUUUUAAAAAAGGAGAGAAAAUAAAAAUAACUUGUCCAACACGAGAUCCCAUGUGGUAUCAAGCUAUGAAUGAAGUUGGAAACUCUGGAAUGAUCCCAGCCAACUACGUGGGUAAAAAUGGUCCAACUUCGGAUAAAAAGAAUGGAUCGCACAUUGGCAAACCUUGGUAUCACGGUGAUAUUGGUAGGGAAGAAGCAAUUAGAAGACUUAACGAUUGUGAAGACGGUUCUUUUCUUCUUCGCGACAGUACAAACUAUCCAGGCGAUUUCACUCUUUGUUUAAUCUAUUUGAACCAGGUUGAAAAUUACCAUGUGCUGAGAAAAGGUGGUAAAUAUACAAUUGACGAGGAGGUGUUUUUUGAUAAUUUGUCCGAAUUGAUAACUUAUUACGGAAAUGACGCAAAUGGAUUAGUAACCGAAUUAAAGAUUCCUUGUCCUCUUUACGAUACAAAUAAAUGGGAGAUCAAUAUCGACGAAUUAGAAGUGGGCGAAUGUAUUGGUAAAGGAGAAUUCGGCGAGGUUCAUUGCGGUAUUUAUAAAGAUCAAAAGGUUGCCAUUAAAUCGUUACACGAUAAAAACAAAGCUGGAGAAUUCCUUAAAGAAGCUCGCUUUAUGAUGACACUUAAGCAUAAAAAUUUGGUUAAAUUGGUGGGAAUAGUUAAUAAAGAAAAGACAUUAAUAGUAAGUGAAUUUAUGGAAAUGGGCAGCUUAAUAGAUUUUCUGCGGUCAAGGGGUAGGACAAAAAUUAAGAAAUCCCAACUUUUGGGAUUUGCUAAAGACACUUGCGAAGCCAUGUGUUAUCUUGAAGAAAAUUCAGUUGUACACAGAGACCUCGCUGCUAGGAAUGUUCUCUUAUCUGAACAUAAUGUUGCUAAAGUUACUGAUUUUGGGUUGGCUAGACAGGCUCAGGCCGAAGUUCAAGGUGGUAAAUUUCCUAUCAAAUGGACAGCUCCAGAAGCGCUCAAAAGCAAUAAAUUUACCAGUCACUCCGAUGUAUGGAGCUAUGGAAUAUUUUUAUGGGAAUUGUAUUCAUUCGGAAGAGUUCCCUACCCACGUAUUCAUUUAACAGAGGUGCCAGAACAUGUACAAAAGGGAUAUAGAAUGGAACCACCGGAAGAUUGUCCCACGGAAAUGCAUAAUAUAAUGGAAAAGUGCUGGAAUUUAGACGCAUCAAAACGACCUACAUUUAAAGAGAUAAAAGGAUCAUUAAUGACAUUUUCAUGAAAAAAAGAAUCUGCUUAUUAAGCCUAUAUGUAGGCCUUUAUGGAAAAGCAAUCUUUUGGAAUAUAAACCAGGAGCAGUUCAAGCAAGCUAUAAAAAAAAAAACAACAAAAAAAAUCAAUUCACACGACAAACUUUUUCUUCAUUGCUCUUUAUACUUAUUCAUUAAAUAUUAUUAUCGUUAGGCAUUAUGAUGAUCUUACUUUCUUCGUUUUGUUUUUAACAAAAAGAACUUAUAUUAGUGAUGAUUCACCCAUCGUACCCAGCUGAGAAAUACUGUAAAAGCUUUCCCAUACAUUGCCUUUUACUAUUGCUGACAAAUAUUUUUUUUUUUUUUGACAAUAUACAACUUUUUUAAUCUUUACU